CCCAGUAGUCCAUCGGCAGGGUCUUCCUUCUCCUUUUCGUCGUGUUAGUUAGGGUAUUACACAGUUAUUGCAUUUUCCACCCUACACUUCUUCACACUCACUCACCAAUAAACUUCUUCCGAGGUCAAUCAUCGUGCGACUCGGUGGCUGGUGGAUUUUGAGAGUGGCUUUGAUUUAAUCCCAGCACUUGUGGAUGGUUUACAUGGCAGCAUCUCGAGGAGGGGUUCAUAAACUUGUAUCCUUCUCUCAGAUUGAAAAACUAGUUUCCUUUGUACAUUGCAAACAAUAUCUGCCACCAUUGCUUGAGACUGUGCGCCAUUUUAGCUUUACCGAUGAUUGCAGUGGCAGAAGCAAACAACCUGUUGGAGAAUCCGAUGACUUUUUUCUUCAACAGUCAGACUCAAGUUUUAAAGAUAAUGGAGAAUCUGAUCAGUCUUUGUCAGAACCAAUUCCAAGUAGACCUUUGAGAAGUAGGAAGCCAGUUAAUCAGCCUCCUCCACGUUUCCAAGAAUAUGAUAGAGGUUCCCAUUCCUUCCCUCCGAGAUUUUAUGACAACCAUGGUGGGCCUGAUGAAUUGGACCAAACGAAUAAAUCUUCCAAAAUUGAUCUUGCAUUUCAGAACACAAAUGUGGCAAAAACGAAUAGGGAUGCUGGCCAAUCAGGAGACAGUUUCCUUAAUAAAUUCAAGCUUGGUUUUGAUGAUAAAACAGUGAAUCUGUCAGAGGUUGCAGCAAGUAAGCAAUCUGAAGAAGCAAAGAGGUCAAAUCCCAAUCAACCGGCUCAAGAGUCUAUGCCUCAAGAUGCUGAUGAGAUCUUCAAGAAGAUGAAGGAGACUGGCCUUAUCCCCAAUGCUGUAGCUAUGCUCGAUGGUCUAUGUAAAGAUGGUUUGGUUCAGGAAGCAUUGAAACUUUUUGGUUUGAUGCGGGAGAAGGGAACCAUUCCAGAGAUUGUCAUAUACACAGCAGUAGUGGAGGGAUACACAAAGGCCCACAAGGCUGAUGACGCCAAAAGGAUUUUCAGGAAAAUGCAGAGUAGUGGUGUUUCACCCAAUGCUUUCAGUUACAUGGUCCUUAUACAAGGACUCUACAAGUGUAGCAGAUUACACGAUGCUUUUGAAUUUUGUGUGGAGAUGUUAGAAGCAGGUCAUUCUCCAAAUGUGACAACUUUUGUUGGCCUAGUGGAUGGUUUCUGCAAUGAAAAAGGUGUUGAAGAAGCUAAGAGUGCUAUCAAAACAUUAACGGAUAAGGGUUUUGUUGUUAAUGAGAAAGCUGUUAGACAGUUUUUGGACAAGAAAGCACCAUUUUCACCCUCUGUUUGGGAGGCCAUCUUUGGGAAGAAAGCCCCACAGCGACCAUUUUAAAUAUCUUUCAGACUAUUUAAAUUUAAGGAAACAAGUAGAAGCUGUGAUCUAAGGAGACAGACUUCACAGAUUUGUAGUGAAUCCAGAAAUACCAUUGUGUUUCCUAUCUGAUGGUGAUUGGGAUUGUGGUGGAAUCAAAUAUGCAAUGGAAGUAAUAGGGAUCAGCUCCUGUUCUUGUGGCUCAUUUCUUCACUUUUGGAGUCACUUCUCACUAGUUCGAUUCACAAUUGUGGUUGCUUUGGGAUGAAUACACUGAUACUUAAUUUCUUCGAAUCCCAAACUUGUGCUAAGGUUCAUCAGUUUGGAUCUGAACUGCAAAGAAUAAAGAAAGGCUCGCACUCUGUUUCUGAAUACUUGUUGUGGAUCACGGCUCUGAUUGAUUCCUUGAUCUUCAUAGGUUUUUGUGUACUACCUCAUGAACACAUUGAUGUGAUUUUGGAUGGAUUAUUGAGGGAAUGUGAUGCCUGUUGUGAACUUCUGGUUGUGGUUUCCAUGAAUAGUAGAUUGGAUCCUUAUUGAGUGGAAUUGAAUAUCUCCUUCUACAAGUGAAGCUCUCGAGUUGAAAAGCAAUCUCACAAAUACCGUCUAUGUUAUUUUAGCUCUCCAGAAGCAAGUUGGUGUGUUUCAUUGUGUUUUUGUUUUUUAUCAGUGCAUUGUUUUAGUUUUAUGUUAUAAUAAAAAGAUGGGUUAUAAAAUGUAA